AUGCGCUACCUAGAGAGAGGAUUUCGCUCCGCUAAGACCCAGUUGACGCCAAAGCGAAAGAGACCACCUCGACGCCGUGCGCGGGAUACCCCUAUCGAGGUGAACACCGACGACGGCGAGCCUCCUGCGCGGCCCCAGCCUGCCCGGUUCCGUGAAGCGCUCACGAACCUAUCUCAGGAACCUCGCACGAGCGGCCGCGACGCCACUGCGGAUGCUGCCAUCCACAAAGCCGAGCGCUACCGCCGCGUACGCGCCACACAGAUAGUGGCCAGCGCUAUCGCCGAUUUCGCACCAUCCCUCGCCUCUCGCGUCGCGAUCCGUCAAGCUAUAGACGCAGCUCACGAGUACGACGAGGCGCUUAAGACCGCCCGCCUAGCCGUGCACCGCGACCCGACUCAGAGAAACAUUAUCUUAGACUCGGUGGACUUCCUCGACGCAGUCGACGACGCGCGCGAACACCACGAUCGUCUACCCGACGGCGCCCAGAAAGACGACAUCACACCUCAGCUGCUCCGUAUGAAUGCGUCUAUGCGCGACGUCUGGCCUGCGCCUUCAGCCUUCACGCCCGAAUGGCCCACGCAGUCCACCACAUUCGCGGCGAUCGCUACGGACAUGACCUCGGAGACCACCCUGCGCUCCCGACGCUAUGGAUCAAUCUGA